CAGCACCACUCACUCAUACAUUGGAGGGGAAAGAGAGAGAUAGACCAGACUCUUCCGCCAUACAAACAUACAUACAUCGCAUACAUACACUGCGCACUUCCUUCGCUUCCUCCUUCUUCUACUCUCCAGUCCGUUACACUCACUCACUCACUCACUCACUCACACUCCUUUAUCACCCAUGGCGUCCACUUCCACCCUCGGCAACGGAGGAAUCGACCACCGCCCGCGCCAGCUCUUCAUCGGAUCCCUCGUAUCCCCAAAAGCACUCCGAGAGCUUACGUUGAUCUACAAUGGCCUCCUCGGAGUAGACGAAGAAGGCGCAAUCGCAUUCGUCGACGAUCUUGACGCGCACUCGCAGUCAGAGACAGGCAAGGAUUCAUCAGGAUCCCAUACAGAUGAGGAAGAGGGAACUCGUACCCCCUGCGCUAGCGAUGCAGCUCUCUCUGCCUUGUCGCGACAACAGCGAUCGGCAGUGCUUUUGCGUCUUGCUGCCCAUGGGUGGGAUCUCGCAGAUUGUCAAUUGACGAUUCUCAGAUAUGGAGAAUUCCUCUGUCCCGGCUUCAUUGAUACACAUACACACGCCUGCCAAGUCCCGAACGUCGGUGUGGGUCAGCAGUACGAGCUUCUAGAUUGGUUGAACAAUGUCACCUUUCCCAGGGAAAAGCAAUUUGCGGAUGUGGCAUACGCAGAGAAGACGUACAACUCGGUGGUUCAGCGCCUGUUAGACUCUGGCACAACAACGGCUUGCUACUACGCCUCCUUGCACCUUGAUGCGACCAAGAUCCUAGCCAAAGUCUGCACACAACGUGGCCAAAGGGCAAUGGUAGGCAAGUGUCAGAUGGACCGCAAUGCACCCGCAGACUACGUAGAGAAGAGUGCUGCAGGCUCGAUACAGGACACAAAGGCCUUUAUCAAGUACUGUGGGACCUUGCACAAGCAAGCUACCAAGAAGGAGAGGAAACGAGCAGAGGGGGUGAGGUCGCCUUCCUCAUCCGUCUCGUCAGAGACGAGCUCGUCUUCUGCCUCCUCAAGCAACUCCCAAGAGACAUCACUCUCAGACGAAGAGUCCGAAGAAGAUAUAGAUGAGGAUGACGCACUUAUGAGGGACAGUGUUGAGAGGCUAAGCAAGACUGUGGACGAGGUCAUGGGCAGCGAUAGUCAACGCAAGGAGUCUGACGAUCGCAGCCAGGCCAGUGGCUCCCCUGACAAGCCAGACGAGAACUCCGCAACACCUGCAAAGAAGGUGAAAGUGGUAAUGCGCACGCUCGACUCGGCCAAGCCUCUCGUACUUCCCAUUCUCACCCCACGCUUCGCCAUCAGCUGUACAGAUGCUCUCCUCACCAGCAUCUCCGCCCUCGUCUCCCGCGACACCUCUCUGCGCAUCCAAACACACCUCAGUGAAUCCCCUGGAGAAAUCUCCUUUACUCAAGAGCUCUUCCCAACAGCCAAAUCCUACACGGACGUCUAUGAUCAGUUCGGCCUACUAGGCAGUCGCACUGUCCUAGCGCACUGUAUCCACCUGUCGGAAGAGGAGAUGCAACUGAUCAAAUCAAAAGACAGCGGUGUAUCGCACUGUCCCGUCUCUAACAUGAAUAUUCGCAGUGGUGCCAGUCCAGUAGGAGAGAUGCUCAAUCGAGGCAUCAAAGUCGGAUUAGGCACAGACGUCUCGGGGGGUUAUGGAGUAGGGAUGCUAAGCGCCAUCCGCGAAGCGAGCGUGGUAGCCAAGGUCCUCGGGUUCACACAGAGGGAGUAUGGACUCCCACCCUCGAAACGAAGCACUACCACUAAACUCCACGAAGGGACCAAUGGCACUAACGGCACUGAAGGCGAGCAGCUACCGAAGCACGACUUUACCCUUGGCCCACUGGAGAUUUCCACCCUCCUCUGGCUAGCAACAAUGGGUGGUGCACAAGUCGCCUCUAUCGCAGAUCGAGCCGGAUCCCUCGAGGCUGGAAAGGACUUUGAUGCCCUCCUGGUACGGCUGUACGACCCUCAUGAUGAAGAUGAAAAUGAGAGUGAAGACCAGCCCGAGGUACAAGCUUCUCCUGCAGGCGCGGGAGCAGGAGCAGGCACAGGAGCGGGAGGGGGAGCGGGUGUUCCAGCGUACAUUGGUAACCCUAGUGUGUAUGUGGAAGAGGGAGAGAAGCUCGAAGCCCUCCUUGAAAAGUUCCUCUUCACGGCGGAUGAUCGCAAUUUACAUCGCGUAUAUGUAAAGGGAAGAUUAGUGGGUGGAGCGGAGAGGAGAAUCAGGAGGAGGAGGGUAUAG